CGACACAAAAGGCUGAUGGUUCACCGGGUUGGUGACAGAGUGCAUCAGACAUUCAAAAGGAGAAGUUCUCUUGUCUCCACUGGCAGAGCGAUGAGAAGAGCUCGGCUGCUGUAGGAGAGCUGACACGGGUUGGACCUUUUUUUUGGGGUGGGGGGAGAAGAAAAAGGAAGUGGAUUUGUGGAGAAACGGACCAGCAGCUGGAGGGACGCGUGUCAAGGAGACCAAAACAUCAAUGAGGACACCAGGAAUGGCAGUGUUCAAGCAACAGAACGUGGAGGAUUUCUAUGAAAUGGGAGAACAGCUCGGAAGUGGACAGUUUGCAGUUGUCAAGCGUUGCAAAGAGAAGAGCUCAGGCACCGAGUUUGCAGCAAAGUUCAUCAAGAAGCGGAUAAGUCGGGCCAGCAGGCGGGGAGUGAAAAGAGAGGAGAUCGAGAGGGAAGUGGGAAUCCUGCAGCAGCUCUGCCACCCCAACAUCGUUGCUCUGCACGACGUGUACGAGAACCGCACCGACGUGGUGCUGAUCCUUGAACUGGUCUCCGGAGGAGAACUGUUUGACUUCUUGGCUCAGAAAGAGUCUCUCAGCGAAGAGGAGGCCACUCAGUUUAUCAAGCAGAUUCUAGACGGGGUCCAGUACCUCCACUCCAAGAGGAUUGCACAUUUUGAUUUAAAGCCUGAAAACAUAAUGCUGCUGGACAGGAGCGCGUCUCUACCCCGCAUUAAGCUCAUAGACUUCGGUCUGGCUCAUCAAAUUGAAGCAGGAGCAGAUUUCAAAAACAUUUUUGGCACGCCUGAAUUUGUUGCUCCAGAGAUAGUCAACUAUGAGCAGCUAGGAUUGGAGGCAGACAUGUGGAGCAUUGGAGUCAUCACAUACAUUCUUUUGAGCGGUGCAUCUCCGUUCCUCGGUGACACGAAGCAGGAAACACUCGGAAACAUCUCGGCUGUGAACUACGAGUUUGAUGAAGAGUUUUUCAGCAACACGAGCGAGCUGGCCAAGAGCUUCAUCAGGCAGCUCCUGGAAAAGGACACGAGGAAACGCUUGGCCAUCGAAGACGCCUUGAAUCACCCGUGGAUUAAGCCUCUGAACUCCAGGCAGGCCAUGGUGAAGCGGCUUUCAGUGGUCAACUUAGAGAACUUUAAGAGGCAGUAUGCCAGACGCCGGUGGAAGCUGUCGUUUCGAAUCGUGGCUCUUUGCAACCACUUAACUCGGAUCAUGAAGAAGGGCCAGAACAGAUCCGAGCACGACGGGAGAGAUUGUGAAAGUGACCAAGAGGAGGAAAUAAUGAAGAGGAGGCCAAGAACCAGAAAGAGAAGCAGCACUUCCUGAGAACUUUGUGAUGAAAGUGUCGGCCAACUGUGACGGGUGCAGAAGGGGGGGACUGCACACCUUCUCAACGCACACUUUGUGCUCCACGACCAUUUAUGUGCUCGAGCGACAGCCUCAAAGGCAGAACUUCACGUCUGACCUUUGCUUCAUCUUCACCUGAUGUCUGUUAGGCCAGAUAGCGCUCUCAAUCCGAUUUUUUUUUUAUUUUUUUUAUUAUUGCUUAAGAAGUAACAAGUGGUUGUUGUUGACAGGAACUCACUGUGUGUGUUCACACACACGCACAACUGUGGCGACAGCUUCCUCCCCUCACUGCAGUCUUAAAACGUUCUCUGGAGUCAGACUCCAUUUUUUUCUCACUUGCAUGCAGGGAUGCUGCCGUCCAAAACGGUUUAGCAGAAAAGCCGAAAUAGUGGCCAUCUUUGUAACCAAAUGUUUACAAGUGCAAACGCCGUUUACUCUCCUUCCUUUCUUCUACUGCCUCCACGAUCAUUAGCUAAAGCUGACAUGCUAUGCAGAAACAUCUGUUUACAAAAUGUGAUGCAGGUUUUUUUAUUUUAAUUUAUGUAGAUGCCUCCUAGUAACCACAACAUUUUUGUACAUAAAGACUGCACAUGAAUCUUUUAUAUGUGAAUUUGUUUCUUUUUGCAGGUUUUGUUUUAAGGCAGUAGCUUCUACUGUAAAUGUAUUUAUGGUGUAAAUGAGUAAAAGGUCAAAUAUCUUAAUUUCAAUUCUACUUUUAUCUCAGCUGAAAGCGUGAGCAUUUUCUAUUAUGUGUAUACUUGUAAGAACUGUAAACUGAAAAUUGUUUAGUAAGUUAAUACACAAUAUUGCAUUCUGUUUAUUUUUAGAAACAAAAAUGGAAUAAUAAAAAUUUUAAAGCAAUUUUUAUGUGUUGAAGUUGUUACAUUUGGUCCAACAUGUUGGUUAUUUCAGUAAAUAAAUGCAAAUUUCAUUUAA